GGCAAGGGCGUGGUCCCCUCCCCCCCCCGCCCCGGCCCCGCCCCCUCCGAGCAUCGCCGGGAGCGGAGCGAACGCGGUCCUGCACAGCCCCCCCAUGAAGGGCGAGCCCCCCCCAGCAGCACCCUGAGCGUGGGCCAGGCCCGGAAAAUGGUGGAGCAGCUGAAGAUCGAGGCCAGCCUCUGCCGGGUCAAGGUGUCCAAGGCGGCUGCGGAGCUGCUGAGCUACUGCGAGGCUCACGCCUGCGAGGACCCGCUGCUCACCCCCGUGCCCACCUCCGAGAAUCCUUUCCGCGAGAAGAAAUUCUUCUGCGCCCUCCUCUGAACCCCCCCAAAAUCCCGGGGGACCCCCCCCUCACCUUCCUGGGCACCCCCGUGAAAUUCGGGUCGAUUUCACCCCAACAAGGAGGCGGAAAAUGAGGGAGGGGGGAUAAAUUUGGGGGUUUUGGGGUUCCCCCCCAUGGCUGGGACCUCCCCCCUAAAUCGGGGACCCCCCAAAAAGCCUUGGGGUGGUCCCAGCUCAGAACUAGGGGGGGUGAGGGGGUUUUGGGGGUCCCCCCAACCCCAAAGUGCUUCAAGGAUGGGCUCGGGGAAGGUUCUGGAAAGAGGGGAGGGGAGGGGGAAUCCCCCUAAAAUCACCCCCAAACUCCCUCUCCCCCCCUCCUCCAAACGGGGACCCCAAAACUUCAGGACGCGCCCAAAACUUCACCCCUCACCUCCCCCCAGCACCGACCCCCACCCAAAUUUCGGCUCCAAGGGACCCCCGGGGGUUGAAGGGGGGUUCCCCCCCCUCAAAUAAACACCUGGCGGCACAGA